GCAUAGGCAAGGUGUUGGUUGAUACGUAAGCGACUGCAUCUCAAAUUGCCAUACAAAAACGUUAGUUACUUAAUGCUGUUAAUGUGAUGUCAUUGAAUUAUUUACUUGACAUUGGUACUUCCAUAAAGAUUAGUAUAACUUGAUGACAUUAAUAUAUUCGCGGUUUUUGUUUGAUAAGUGGAAGCGUGUUUGAAACAUCAAGCACUUACUUUGUUUGAAAAGUAAUUUUCCAAAAUAAGAAGAGUCAGGUGUUCAGAAAAUACAACAGGUUGAAUAUUAAGAGGCCCUGUUAGGCCGUGACAGUUUCGUUUGAAUUCAACGGUGAUGGUUAGUUGUCCAGAUGUCGACUGCAGCCUUGGAUAGACAACACAGGUGGAGGUGUAGACUUCAAGAUUUAAGCCCCCAUCUCCAACCUCCAACUCCAAAAGGCCAACUUCCUAAGCCCUCGUCUUCCCCUUUCCCUUCCCGAAAUAAGCAACUUCCAAACUCUCGCUUCCCCAGUCACUCGACCCCAUUGCUAAAUUCCACCCCUUUCCAGUUUUGUUUUCCUGCCUCAUAUUCUCCUGUUUUUGGGGUUUCUUGCUCCGUGUUAUCCAACAAACUCCUGGGAACGAAUUCAGACAGCCAGGAAAACGCCCGAGAUCUGCCAAAUACAUUUGUUCACCGUCGAUCAUUUCCGGGUUCUUUCCCUGCGACAUCUCAAGUGUACCUUGUGCAGAGUCCUUUAUGCAGCAAUAACAAUCCCACUGAUUAUUCAAAACCCACCACCCAUCCAGUCCAAAUUACUGAGCCUUGGUCUAACCCAGGGGUAAGUCACGACAAACUACCUCACGACCACAGCAUCCUGAAAUUGGACCAAGUAGGUGCCCCUGUCACUUGUACUACAACAACCACCACCAUGCACGCUCAGGCAUCUAAGGAGAGUUUAGCGGUUAGUACACUUGAAAACCUUAAUGUUGCACAACGGAAGUGCACACCAGGUGACAAAUUAAUGGAGUCAGGUUUGACUUGUCUCGGGCACGUUUCUGGGUCAUCCUCUAAUUGCAAUGGGGCAAAGAAACACAAGACUGAGAUCGUUCCCUUAGUUCAUACAGCAGGGACCAGUAGUACCUCAAAUGCAUGCUUUUCGACAUAUCCGUCAACAUUUGUGAAAAAUGUCAUUAGUUCGUCUGUGCCAAAGAGUCUUGUAGAAUCUUACGCUUGUCACAGCGGUACUAGAUUGCCUCUGUUUACCGUUUCCGUAGAACCAUCAACUGAAAAGCCGUUGUCUAAUAAAUUCACUAUUAUAGAAACAAAGUUUAAGAAGUCUGCCCCUUUAGAGCUAAACAACCAAUAUUCCAAAUCCGACUCAAAUAUUCCAUCUGCAAGUGUCUCAAAUAAUAACAAUAACAACAACAACAACAAUAAUCCGACCAAUCCCCUCAAAGAGGACAAGGGUGCCGAAACUGCUUUCGCAGCUAGCGAGGGUGUCUUUCAUAGAGAGGUAAUGAGGGAAAGCUUAACUGCGGAAGAGGAAAGCUCAAGUUUCGACAGCGGACAGGACGAGAGCCCAGAUUCAAGCAAGAAGAGUCCUUGUCCAAGGAGUAGGAAGAAGAGACCUGGGGGAUAUGUUCACCAGGAAAGUCAUCUGCUACGGCAGGAGAACUUGGAUCGACAGAGCGAGUUAGAUUUGACGUCACAGGACGAGAGCCUUAGUAUCGAACAUCGCAGGAAGGGUAUGAUGCCAUGCAACAAAAUCAUAAGCCGAGUGAAUGCUGGCGGGAAGUAUAAAGUCACUGGUUGCUGUUCCCGCCGACGCUUGAUCGACGACGAAGGUUACAUAAGACGAGCCGCUUCUAUAUGCGUUAACAAGGAGGAAACACAGGUCUUGCUGGUUUCGAGCAAAAAGGACCGAUGUGCGUGGCUGGUACCUGGAGGAGGUUUGGAGGUUGGGGAGGAUGAGGAGGCAGCGGCCGUCAGGGAGGCGUGGGAGGAGGCGGGGGUCCUGGGGCACAUCGCCAGAUACCUGGGGCUAUUUGAGUCCUAUCACCACUCGGGACUGAAAAAGCAUAGAACCGCCGUCUACGUAUUGAUAGUGACGGAAGAACACAAGCAAUUUCCUGAAGCCAGAUUAGGACGCACAAGAAAAUGGUUCAGCAUGGAGGAAGCCCUACGUCUCCUCGCGCUCCAUAGGCCUAUGCAGAGUGCUUAUCUCCAGGUUAUGAUGAUGGCAAAACUGGACGUGUCCUCUUCCUAACAGUAACAAUCAAUUGCACCGGUUGUGACGCUAUAACUUGUAUUUUGAAAUGACAAGUUAUUAAGAGUAGUUGUGUGCGUAUGUGCGUGUGUAUGUGAGAGAGAAUUUUAUCAUUUCCAACCGAAAGCCUGCCAUCUCUUACUGAAGUUCUUUACUUGAAAUAGAGCAAAAGUUGUUGCCUGAGCAAUUCUCAUGUAUGAUAUAUGAUCGAGAGUUACAGUUAGUGAUGUGAUAGUUGUUCUGUACUGAAGCACAUUCGCACGUAUAGUAUAUUCAUAUUCAUGUAUACAUUUAUACUCGAAGUGUAUGUGCAGUAAAUAUAUUUUCUGGGUAGACUCAGUAGUGAAAUUUUAAUUUAGACUCGGAUAGGAAAAGCAACUAUUGGAUCAAAAUAGGCUACCGUUAUAGUUAAAUAAAACUGGUUCAGUGGCAGCACGAGCUCUUUUGCCAUUUCAUUAUGGUACUACAUAAUAUUCUGGUGUACUGCGAACUUUCGUGGGAGUGUUUAAAGUAGGGUAAUUAUCGAAUCUUCCUGAUUCCCUAAUCUUCUAUUGAUGCAUUUGUUUUUCACACAGAUGUUAUCGAAACUUAAGACGAGGCUCUACAUAGUGUUCUUAGUCAAAUUAUCAUUUCGGAAUGAGGUUGAAAUUAAUCUCUUGUUGUUUAUUACGUUAUUCACGCUGAAUAUUUGAAAAAGAGAAAAUUGUUGCAUAUGUUAAUCUUAUUAUAAGAAUGAGAGGGAAAUGUAUUUCAAAAGUGCAGAUCAAUAUAAUGUCGCUUUGCUGUGUAAUCUAUUUUAUUAUUCUGAAGGAACAGAAUACGAAAAUAAGAGAAUCAGAGUCAUAUCUGUGGUCCAAUUUUUUUUCCAUGUUGAGCGUAUUAUAAAAAAAAUUUUGUUUUGUGCCUUAUGACUCUUAUCUAAGGUAAUAUGUAUAUAUCUGAUAGAAUAGUUUUUUUAAAUAGAUUUUAGCAGAUAUAUUUUAGUUUGUAAUGCUUGGUACAAUCAUCUUGUUGCACAAAAGGGGAAAACUUUAUAUCAGUAACUAUCACAGUUACUCAUGGCUAUUUUUUGUGCUGAGAAGGAACACUUAAAAUAAUAGCCUAUUCAAAGAAUUAUUUCUUUUUAUGCCAGAAUGGAGUGAACAGUAAAGUGAAGUGCCGAUUCUAUGUGACACGUGUAAAGCCAACAGUGCCACUGAAUUGCAUUCUUCUCUAGCUCACCUUUUAAACUUGAUAAGCUGGUUUUGACUGGUCUGAAUGUCUACUAGUAAUUCAAAUAUAUUCAUAUAAUUCACCACAAAUGACAGUUAUAUGUUAAUAACUUGCAUGCCAAAUUGUUAUGAAGUUGGCUGAGAAUAAAAAUAAAUCUGUUACAAAAAUUGUUUAAAAAAGUAGUUCGUUCCAUAUACUUUACAGCCAAGGUAGUGACGAUGAAAUGUUUAGAAUAUCUAUCUACAUUUUAGCUUCUUGUUGGUUAUACAGGCCCAUAGGUCCACAUCAGGCCUCGUCCUCCCUUUCACAUCAUGUCAUAAUGGUCACCUUAAUUUUAACAGACCACCGCCAACCACGUACAGUAUGGACGUACUGUACGAGACCAUGUUAUGCACUUGUAUAUAUUGUUGUUAAUAGUCUAUAAGUGUAUUUGUGGGGGUGUAUGUUUCGCAGAAAUGGAAACUUUAUUUUGGGGUUUUUUGGAUUUGCAAGGAAGUUUUGGUCUUUGACAAGACGAAAGCAAGCGAGAGGUCUAAAUCUAGUAGACGAUCUUCCUCGUGAAGUCUAUCUUCUAACGAAGGGUUCUCAAACGAACUCGAUUCCGAAAUUGUGCCCAUCCUAAGGGAUACAAAUCAAGGUCUAGACCUUGGUAAAAAAUGACAUGCCCCUCGUAUUGCCUUGGCUCUCUUAUUAAGGCUCGGUGUCCUGUCUGUGAGCUGUAUAGUAGUACAUUGUUAUCUCGCAAAUAAGGGUUCAAAUGCUGUGAGCCAAAAAUCCUGUGCAUGUGCAUGCAUUCACUUACAUGUAUAUACACACUCAGUAUAUAAGGUUGUCAAUAUUCUUUCUAUAAAGUAUUUUUGUGCCAUAAGAAUAGUGUUGUCUGUGAUAUAGGCUUUUUCUUUUAUAUAACAUGGAAAAGUAAACAGUAGAUUUAAACAGUGCUUCCAUAUUUUACAGAUAUUUUUAGCUUUUUGGAGAGACAUGAAUUUACUACAUGAGUGAAUGAUGCAAUACGAACACUGGCGGCAUUUAAUGAAAUACUUUGCUUCAGAAAUUGGUGACAAAUAGCAUUAGUACUACAAUAUCUUUUCAACUUGAUAUACUGAAACUUUAUUCGACUCGGAAUGUAAUGAUGGUCCCAGUUGCCCAUCUUUUGAUGUGCAAGACUUGUAAUUAUAUCUAUGAGUGUGAUCAUGUACUGUGUUAAAUACUUUGAUUGUCAAUAUGAACUUUAUUAUUUUUAGCAGCUGUUCCAUUUGAUUCACCACACUGCCGGGAUACAUCUAGCAUAGUUGCGAAACUUGUAUUCCCCGAACAUGAGUCCUUACUGCCCCACACAUAACGAAAAGUCGUUGUUGUACUUAUGAGAAAGACCUUGUUUUCUUUCGUGACCACUGUGUUCAAAGAAAACGGAACCGUGAGUUUAAUAAUGUCAAAAUUCAUUUGUAAGUCCAACCCCCCUAUAACUUUCAGAAGAAAUGGUACUACACUUUUAUCUGUCAAUAAUAGUAAACGAUCACGAUAAUAUAAAUGUAUUUAUUCUGGAUUCUGUAAUUACGAUUAUGUUAAAAGGUUGAAGUUUUUCAAUCGAGAUUAUAAAGUAUAGGAAAUGGGAUUUUUUUUUUUUAAUUUUAUGUAUGCAGUAUUUAUUUAAUGCUGGUAUUUUUUUUAUUUCCAAAUUUCAGCCACUUUAAUAGCCUUAAUUACUGUGAGUUAUCAAAGGAAUCUCUUCAAUGCAUAUACUUAGUCCAUAACAGACGUAUAGAACUGAUUAUUUUUUUCAAAUAUUAGUAAGCAAUGGGAUAUUACAUUAGUUAUCUAAUUAGCCCCGUAAUAUAAAAUUUCCAGUAUUAUUUAUACCGUCAGUUACCUUACUCAUUUUAGGAAUUAGCAGACCAAACUUGACUUAGUCCCCGGAUGCACUAUUUGUUUUUCUUUUACUGAUAAACAUUUUAGCGAAGUACAUAAUAGCGAUACAGAUACCAUAAUGACUUCUGUAGUAUUUUUACAAAUGGUUUAUUUUUAAUGAAUUCUAGGCUCUCUCUUGAUUCUACACUUUCUACAUAGUUUUCAAGUUGCACUGGAAAAUAAUCUCUUAGUCGUCAAUAGGCGUAUUAACUGUUUUGUUUACAGUAUGUGUUUGCAUUGUGUGUAUGAUUACGCACAUACAGUUUAGAAUCUCCAAACGCAAGUGUUCUGCUAGAGAUGACUGUGUUGGCGGUAUGCCCGGCAGUGCUGUUUCGGGUUCCCUCCUAAGUGAGGUGUAAGAGCUCUCUUCCGAAAUACUAAUUGUAGGUUGUGGAUUUUUUAAACAUUUUUAUAUGUAUAUAUCUUGGACGUAUGUCACAAACUGUUACCCUUAGAUAUCACUCAUAUUUUGUAUACAGUAAUUCCCGUCUCUAAAUGAUAAUUUCAGAGGGAUUCAGACGCUGUUAUGCCACAGUAAGAUAAGAAAAACUGUAGAAUGGUCAGAUGUAUUUUGUAUUGCAUACUCGAUGUUUUAAGAUAUGAUGAAAUAUAUUGUAUAGAAUGACCUAAAAUAAACAUGUGAAUACAUUUUUA